GUGCUGGUGUGUGUGAGUGUGUGUGUGUGUCUGAACCUGCAGGAUGAAGCCGUGACGUUCAGCGGACCGACAGGAAGUCUGUUUGGAUUCUCUGCCGACUUUCACACCUUCAACAACAAGUCCUUCGUUGUGAUUGGAGCUCCUAAAGCCAACACCAGCCAAUCAGGAGUGAUCGAGGGAGGGGGCGUGUUCCUCUGUCCGUGGUCACCUGACGGCGGGAACUGUGACAUCAUCGACUUCGACGCGGAAGGUGACGAGGUCUACCUCAGAGACUCGUUGGAGUUCAAAAGUUUCAAGAGCCGUCAGUGGUUAGGAGCCUCAGUCCUCUCUGUUAGUAACACACACUUACUGGCGUGUGCUCCGCUCUUCCACUGGAACGUGCACAGCGGGGGGGCGGAGUCAGGGAAGACUCCUGUGGGAAACUGCCUCCUAUUGGACCAGAGCACAGGAAGUUCCCUCCCCUUCUCGCCCUGCAGAGGAAACAUGAUGGACGACACCUACAAGCUGAUGAUGAACAGACAUGACCAGCGCUACUGUGAGGUCGGCUUCAGCUCUGACAUCACCAAGGAUGGACGGCUGCUGCUCGGAGCUCCGGGAGGCUUCUUCUUCCAGGGUCAGGUGUUCUCAGUGGGUGUGAGUGACAUCAUCAACAGUGGACAGAUCAAUACUCCACCACAACUAGUGUCUGGCAUGAGCCAAACAGACGAGAAGGGAAAGUAUGACGUUUAUCACGGUUACUCCGUAUCCAGCGGUCUGCUGACUGGAGACUCCAUCACAGAUUUUGUGGUCGGAGUUCCAAAUGACAGAAACACGGCGGGAUCAGUGAAGAUCUACGACGGCCGGAGCAGCGGCUCUCUGACGGUCCACCACCAGUUUCAAGGAGCUCAGGUGGCGUCAUACUUCGGACACAGUGUGGCUGUGGUCGACAUCAACGGUGACGGGUUAGACGAUGUUCUGGUGGGAGCUCCUCUCUUCAUGGACCGAGUGACGGAGCAGCUGCAGGAACGAGGACAGGUGGUUUUGUACCUGCAGAGGAGACACGCCCCCUUCCCCUCCCAUCCUGACCAAUCACUGAUCGGCUCCGCCCUGUACGGCCGGUUUGGCUCCGCCCUCGCCGCGCUGGGAGACCUGGACGUGGACGGUUACCAAGACAUCGCCGUGGGGGCUCCCUGGUCGGGGGGGGGGGGCCAGGUGUUCAUCUACCUGGGGAACAGCAACGGUCUCUCGGCCACGCCCUCCCAGGUGAUUGACAGCCCGUUGCCUAGCAGCAGGGCGGCGUUCGGCUUCUCGCUGAGGGGCGGGGCCGACAUCGACGGGAACGGAUACCCAGACCUGCUGGUGGGGGCGUGGAGCGCAGACAGAGCCUUCGUCUACAGGUCUCAGGCGGUGAUCCGGUCCAGAGUUUCAGUCUCUCUGCUGCCAGACUUCCUGAAUCCAGACGUGAAGCUGUGUGACGGACAGCACGCGCCGGUCUCCUGUUUUAUAAUCCAGAUGUGCGUCCGCGUGUCCGGCCACAGGAUCCCUCAGCAGACAGCGUUGAGGGUGGAGCUACAGCUGGACAGGAUGAAGCAGCCAACCACACGCCGGACCCUGCUGCUCCUGACCAAUCAGCCGCAGGAGACGAGCACGCUGCUGGUCCAGAGGGAAGGGGGCGGGGCUUGCUUCAACCGGACCGCCUACCUGAGGUCUGAAGAGGAAGUUCGGGAUAAACUGAGUCCGAUCUUCAUCACUGUCAACAUCAGCCUCCUCAACACUACCCAGAAUGCUUUGCUGCACGGGCAAACACACGCUGCUGCUCAGACCAGGAUCAUUCUGGACUGUGGUGAAGACAACGUGUGUGUUCCUGAUCUGAAGCUGGACGCUAGGCUCGUGUCAGACAGCGUUCUGGUCGGUGAGGAUCAGUCGGUGGUCUUGUCCGUCUCAGCGGAGAACGUCGGGGAGGGAGCGUACGAGACCGAGCUGGUGGUCCAAAUCCCACAACACACACACUUCCAGAGCAGUCAGGGUGUGGACCGGCUGGUGUGUGUUCAGAGGAAAGAGAACCAGACCGUCAUCGUGACCUGUGACCUCGGAAACCCCAUGAGACAAGGACACACACUGAAGACAGAUCUUGUGUUCAAUGUCGGUCACCUGGAGGAGGUGGAGUCUCACAUCACCUUCAACCUCAGGAUCAGGAGUAAGAACUCAGUGAAUUCGAGCAGUAAUGAGAUCUCAGUGGAUGUUCGGGUGAAAGCUGAAGCGAAGCUGCAGAUCAGAGGAGGCUCCUCCCCUCCUGAAGUAGUCCUGCCCCUCCCUGAUUGGCAGCCUGCAAUGCAUCCUGGGAGUUUAGAGGAAUUGGGUCCAUUGGUGGAACACGUGUACGAGCUGAGGAACCAGGGUCCCGGCGCCGUGAACGCCCGGCUGACCGUUGACUUCCCGUCGUCAUGGCGACGACACUUCCUGCUCUACGUCGUCUCCGACGCAGCCGAGGAUUCCCUGACCUGCAGGACCCUGAACGCAUCGCAGAUAGACCCCUUCCAGCUGGUGGGGAACUCCUCCCGUGUGUCUGUCGUGUCUCCGCUGAUCCAGGAGGAGGAAACAGACUCGCUCACACAGACUCAACAUGUGCGUUGCGGCAGCAGUGACACGGUGUGUGUCAGGUUCGUGUGUGAUGUCACGGCGUUGGGUCGAGGUUCCAGCGCUGUGGUCCGAAUCUCUGCUCGACUGUGGACUCACACACUUACACAGACUCCGUAUCUGAACUAUGAGCUCGUGUCCUCCGCCUCCUAUGAUGUCAUCAACACAACAUCGAGGGUCCAACCACUGCUGCUGCCAAGUGGACACACACAGACUCAGCUCAGUGUGUUGUGGCGUCCUCCUGAUGGAGAGAAAGAGGUUCCUAUUGGCUACAUCGUCCUGUCAAUCAUCUCUGGGCUGCUCCUCCUCGGCCUGCUGUGUUUCAUCUUUUGGAAGCUGGGUUUCUUUAGGCGUGUUCGCCCCCCCACUGAUGAUGAAGAUGAAGAGGAGGAGGAUGAAGAUGAGAGGCAGCAGUGUCUGGAAUAA